GGAAGAAGAGAGGUGGACCGCAUCUUUACUCAGCAUCAUGGAAUAUGUUUUACGUAAAAAUCCAGACUUGGUUCAAAAUAAUAAUAAUUUUCAUGGCCUCAGUAAGACCUCCAGGGACGUUGUAGCUGGAUUUAAUAUCUAACCAGAUGAUAAAAGAGAUAUUCCUUAUUACCAUCCUUGAUGAAACUGCCAUCAAAGCCAGACGAUGCAACUGUUUGAUUUUGGAGGUGGAGAGCAAACCUGAACCCCAAGAUGAGGCGUCUCUCCAGGAAGAAAGCCCUGAGCCUGGUGAAGGAGCUCGACGCCUUCCCCAAAGUGUCCAAGAGCUACAUGGAGACGUCGGCGUCGGGAGGAACGGUGUCGCUCAUCGCUUUUAGUGCCAUGGCGGUUCUGGCCAUCUUGGAGUUCUUCGUUUAUCAAGAUACGUGGAUGAAGUAUGAAUAUGCAGUAGACAAGGAUUUUUUGAGUAAGCUGAGAAUAAACGUUGACAUCACAGUCGCCAUGAAAUGCCAGCAUGUGGGAGCAGAUAUUCUGGACCUGGCGGAGACCAUGAUCAUGUCCAAUGGCCUUCAAUAUGAGCCUGUUAUCUUUGAACUGACCCCACAACAGAGGCUUUGGCAAAGGACGCUGUCUCGUAUACAGAGCAGGCUGAGAGAGGAACACGCUCUGCAGGAAAUCCUGUACAAAGCUCUGCUGAAAGGAGGCCCUACAGCUCUGCCUCCACGGGAGGAGGCGUCUCUGGAGCCACUCAGCGCUUGCAGGAUACAUGGAAGCGUCUAUGUCAACAAGGUGGCAGGAAACCUACACAUCACAGUGGGAAAGCCGAUUCACCAUCCCCAGGGUCAUGCACACAUUGCAGCCUUUGUGAGCCAUGAGGCGUACAACUUCUCCCAUCGAAUAGAUCAUUUAUCUUUCGGCGAGGAGAUACCGGGCAUCAUCAAUCCUCUGGACAGCACCGAGAAAAUAACCUGCAACAAUAACCAGAUGUACCAGUACUUCAUCACAGUGGUACCCACCAGACUGAACACGCGGGAGAUAUCUGCAGACACGCACCAGUUCUCCGUGACGGAGCGGGAGCGGGUGAUCAACCACACGGCGGGGAGUCACGGCGUUUCCGGCAUUUUCGUGAAGUACGACACCAGCGCCCUGAUGGUGACGGUCAGCGAGCAGCACAUGCCGCUGUGGCAGUUCCUGGUGCGACUGUGCGGCAUCGUCGGGGGGAUCUUCUCCACGACAGGCAUGAUUCAUGGACUCGUCGGCUUCUGUUUUGAUCUCAUCUGCUGUCGCUUCAAACUGGGAAUCUACAGGCCGAGAGAGGAUUUACAGUUGCACCACCAUACGAACAACCUGAACCAUCACCGGACUCCUCUGCUGGCUGAAGACGCCGCUCGCGACUAGCUGCUUCAUCGCGGCGAGAUUCAAGAGGUUAUCAAGGUCGAAGCUUUGUAAUCCCUGCGGGACACACGGGUUUAUUCAAACACUCAUUUCUCAUGUUUUAUGGUUUAAUAAAAAAAAAGAUCUAACAGCACAAUACUGGGGGUAACUUGAGCUGUCUAUUCAUCACUGAAAAAUGUGGACUCGGACUGUAUAAUGCUUGUUUUCACAUCUUUGAUUAGACGUUUUUGUAGUCUCUGGCCCCUUUGGUUGCUAUUCUAACGACAAGAAAUACCCACAAACUGAAGAUUCGACGGCAUGAACCACCACGGACUGGUUUCUGUUGGCUGCUGGUCGACUUUGAAGAGGAUGUUGGAACCUUCAGAC